AACGUUGUCGACGACGGCGCGUUUGUUUGGGCUUUCGGUGCGGCUUGGAAUUUGCCCAAAACCACGAGGGCGAACACGCCACCGAAGCCCUCCUUGUCUCAUCUCUAGACAGUCCGCGCGAGGCGAGCUCAACGCAUCCCGAUUUGCGUAGCGCGUCAGGCGAUACGGCGCCCACGUUUCGGGAAGAGCCGGUGCCUUCUCUCUCCCCACUGUGGUCACCGAGACUCCCCCAUUCCCUUCGAAGCAAGAGCCGGACGAAGGGAGCGUUUCCUCACGAAGCACCUGUACACUUCAGUGAUCCGGUACAAGACGGGAGUCUUCCUGCCACGCCGCUCGGACUGGCGCGCAUUUCAACAGGUGGCUGUGAAUUCCGGCGGCACGUUAAGGCUUAGGCGCUAGUUUCGAAGGAGAGAGAGACGUUCCUUCAAGUCCAGGGGGAGAGUUGGGGAAAGGAAGACGCGUGGGUGUGCUGUGUGUGGUUUUCGUCGUUGGAGGGGAAGCCACCUGCUGUACUUUCCAGACAAAGUGCACCUCUCGUCGGGCUUGGCUGCUGUGACUGGACAAGGGGAACGGCGCUUCACUCGGUCUUCUUUGGAGAGAGCGUUCUGGCUUGGCUAACUUGGCGCUGCUCCUGAAGAUCAACGAAAGCUUCGUAAUACGCAUUGCAUUUGCAUUUCACUGCAUUGAAGACAUCGAGCAGCUGGCGCCUGCCAUCCAGUUAACGACGAGUCUUUUGAAGUAGGGAGCAGUGCGACAGAGAACUUUCACCUAGACUGUGGGAGCAUGAAGAUAGCCCUGCUUCUAUGCAUCGUGGGCUGGUACCGUGGCCCGCUUCUGGUCUAUGCCGCCGAAGAUGCCAAGCUGCUGUCUCAGCCGGAGGGGAGUACAGAAUCCCCAGCAGAGCCAGGAGAUUCGCACCACGUCCUAGAGGGCCCUAGUCAUGCAAGCGACGAUGCAUCGCUGCGCCAUGUGGCUGAAAGACCCGGAGCAUUGAACCGGGUGUCGAGGGCGGUGGGUGCCCUCGACGAUGUCAGUGACGAUGAGUACGGCGUGCUCCGAGCGGGCGUGACCGGACCUCGGCGACACCGAUUCCUCCACUUCGGACGCAAGAGGGCGCCGUCGGCGCCCUACUACGGGUCCCCGGUCCUCAACUUCGAAGGCACAGCCUCAGGGGAGGGAGAGGCUGAGUGGAGUGGGGGAGAAGACGACGCCGACGUGUCCACUGCGUCCCAGGAGGACCCGGAGGCGGCUGCCUUGCAAUGGGCCAAACGAACACUUCGGGAGGGUCCCAACAGCUUCCUUCACUUCGGCAAGAGGGAACCGGAGGAGGAUGGAAGCAAUGGAGAACGACUAAGGUUCAGGCGAAGUGUGCAAGAGGCAAAACCUCUCGAAGCGGGUCAGGCGCAGAGCACGGGCACGGACGACUUCGAGCAGCACAACGAACAAGCCGAGCCGGCUUUUUCGGAUAACCUUGUCCUGGCGUCGAAGGUUAAACGGUCCCCUAACCGUAUCAUGCACUUUGGCAAACGACUUCAACCAUCGUCAGCGGUUGGAGGUUUCGACGGUGUCAAGCGAGCAUCCCACAAUACCAUAAUGCACUUUGGUAAACGCACUAAUGAUCAAGAUCGUGGCGCCGCCUUGUAUACCGUCUACUCUACCAUGGACGGUGCGCUAGAAAAGCGCGCUGGAAAUCGCAUCAUGCACUUCGGGAAGAGGGAUCCCGAAUACGGAGUUUCAACUGGACUCGAAGCUGAACCGGAGUUUGACUUGAUAUCGGCUGAUAAAAAGGCUCCGAACAGGAUCCUCCAUUUUGGCAAGAGGCCCAGCACUGGCAGCACCGGCAGCACUGAGGCUGAAUGGGACGCUGACGAAGCUGAAAAGGACAAACGUGGGAACCGCAUCAUGCACUUCGGGAAACGCGAUGAGGAUGACUCUUCGGCAAUGACGCUGUCCUCAACCGACGAACCAUCGUCCACCGCAGUCAAGAGGGCGGCCUCGGCACAAAGCCGGUAUUCCGGAACACCCGACCAGGUGCAGCCCUUCAUGGGCAUCGGGAGGCAACUUCAGAGGCAGUUCCAGGAAUGGAAGAAGCGAAACCGCAUUCUGCACUUCGGGAAACGGGAGCCUCAGCAGCGAUCAAACAGCUACUACCAACAGAAACGCUUGGGAAACAGAAUUAUGCACUUUGGCAAGCGAGCGGGCAGCCCAUAUUACGCCGACGGCGCGGCAUCUGUCAUCGCAGCCAUGAAGGACAAGAGACUAAAGCACUCAAUUAUGCACUUCGGAAAGCGCGGCGAGGAGCUUGAAUCUAUCAUGGGUGGUGACAAGCGCAACCGAAUCAUGCAUUUCGGCAAGCGAUUUGGGGCCGGCGACCACGAUUCUCAAGCACGCCAACAACUUCCCAUGGAGAAGCGCGCAGGGAACAGGAUCAUGCACUUUGGCAAGAGGCUGCCACAGCCAAACGUCGCACUGACGCCCACCACCUGGGAUUACGGAAUCGACGCAGCCGCGGAGACGUCUGCCCCUGGAGCCACCAAGAGGGCGCAUCGAAUCCUCCCCUUCGGCAAAAGGGACGGCGGUGCCAGUUACGAUGACACCAGCGUCGGGGGCGACCCUCUCAUCUUGGCCCAGGGCGUGGACGAAACCGACUCGACAAAAGUUACGGGCGGUCGUGGUCAGCCCGAGACGCAGAAGGUCGCCAGGAAGAAGAGAUCCGCUACCCCUCCCGAAGAGAGCGACUACAUCGACGAUACGCUCGCACAGAUGAUGGGCGCGCUGAUGGGUGAAGACGGCUACGCAGACCGAAUCACCAUGGGUCACUCGGGCCUGUCCGGGCCGCUGCACCUACCUCACGCGUACGUGGCCGCGCAAGUCUACGGGAAUGCAUUUCCGCGCAUGCUCAGUCGACCCAGCCGGAGCGACAGGUUAUUCCGCGCGCUUUACAGCGGAGAACAUGGCGCCGAGAUGAUGCCCAAGGGCCAAUCUCGCAACGUGUUCCUGCACUUUGGCUGAGUUUGUCCCGCACUUCACGAUUCUGAGCCGUGGCAAAGAAAAUCACCUCCCUUCCCCUGGCAUUCCUCCCGUUAGGUUCUGCUCCAGACAGCCGUCUUUCUUUGGCAGCUACCUGCAUUUCUUUCUUAUUUCCCUUCGCGGGUGAGGGACCUGGGUGAAGAGGAACCUGAGCGCUUUUCUGGAGUUUUCAUUUAGUAGCUCGAAACUCAAGGGUUGUCUGUAGUAAUUAUUGAUCUGUGUCAAUGUCGUUUUGUAGUCUGUGUGUAGCGCGAUUGUUCAUUAUUAGCUUGUUUUUAUUGCUUUGUUAACUUCAUAAACAGAGACAAGCAGGGUGACAACUACUCGUCGUUAAGGUGGCAUUUACUGGCUUUUGUCAGUGACUAUGCGAAGUCUGUACCAGAGUGAAACCUUGUCCCAGAACAAGAAUGCACGUCCACUCGCAUGCAUGUCGGUCAGGUUGUUCCUCGGGCACCCCUUGCUGGAUGUAACAGGCUUAGACAGCACUUGGAGCACAAACUCAGUGGCCAUCUUCUCAAUGUUCUUUGGCAACAAGAAUACAUCAUGAUUGAUAGCGCUCUGGAAUCAUAUCGUAUGUCUCUUACAGCAUCCCUCUUUUUCGAAUACCAAAAGAUGACACUAUCAGUGCUCCCUGAUCUCGAAGCAAACUGUGAUACCACUCUGGGCGGCCGAUAUUGUCACCUAUAUAGGUUAUUAACGAAAAUAAGGUAUUUAUUGUAGACGUAUGAACUCCACUGAUUCUGACAUUUUUCCAUGUAGUGUCUCCAACUGAUGCAAUUGUGCUUGUUUUUACGCACGCGUGAGGAAAUUAUAUAUCUACGCUCAUUCGCUGUGUCAUCUGCUGUAAACUAUGUUUACUAAUCUAAGGUCUCUGGCAAUGAGCGAAAUUCUUCUGUGUGACACGAAUGCAGGAUAAUUCAUUGUGAAUACUGCAAUGUACGGACGCCUAUGUUAGGCCUAUUACAAGUUGUCGGAUUGCAAAUAUAGUUGAAGCUGUUAGGAUGUUCUUGUUCGACCCAUUCACGUUGUUUGUUUCCAUGCUCUUGGGAAGCCUUUGUUAUUGGUCGGAUAUGAGGCAAAGGAAUAAGAGUUGAACGUGCUUCCUGAAAACUAAUAUAUUGUUAGAUUUAUUAGAAUACACAGUCAGAGAAAUAAGCUACCUCAUGUGAGCACAGAAAGUAACAUUUUUUGUCGUUUAUGGCUCGAAACUUCAAAUCUAGCCUCAGUUUGCGAAAAAAAGUUACAGUAUAACACUUGUGUUUCUUUGCUGAUCUGGAAGAGGCUUCCUUGAGGUGUUGGUUUCCACAAUUAGGCUUUCCAGAAUGCGAAUAAUAGGUCUGAAAGAUAAAUAUUCAUUUCCAGAGUUGGGUUAAUACAGCACAAGAAGAUCUUGUGUUGUUUCUUUAUCGUUCCAUAUUGUGGCAGCAACGGUAAGCUUCGCAGGCUUAUUGGUUGCUAUCGUUUGCUUUUAUCUCAAUGCACAAUUCGCCUCCUCAUUGCUUUUCAUCGGCUUCGUUUCUGAACCGGUGCACCGGCAUAUCUUUCAAGACAGGAAGCAAUUCUUCGGUUGAAUUUUGUGUCUGCAGGAAAUAGAGGACUUUCUCUAAAUUCCGAAACACGUAUAGUUUACUUGUUUUUUAGCUGUGCUGCUCGCUUUUGAUGUGAACAGCACUUACGUGUUCGAAUGCGAAUACGUUUAUGGACCAUCUUCUGACUUAAAUCACGGUAAAGUGUCUUUCAAAUUACCUACUUGAAGUUAUAGAAGAAGAAAAUGUUUUACUCGGUCAUGCAGGCCAUGUUGACGUUCCGUAGUUCCCAUGUUGAAACGUUAAAUGUUCUAGUAGGAUGCUACGGUCAGUGUUUGGUUCCAUAUCAUUCCUUGCUCUGAAACACCUGACAUGAAAUAGUUGAUCUUAUCAUUGCAUUCAGUUUUCUUAGGAGGAAGGUUCCGCGCAUGCAAUGUUUUGCAAUUAUAUUUGGUGCACAUUCCCAGAGAUAUAAGUUAUUUAACCAUCAAACUGCUUUUAAUCAAAUGUCCUCGCGUAAACCAACUAAAUGUGACACCCUCUUGAGUGACUGUCGUAGUUCCUUAAGUUAGGCGCUCAGCCGAUUUCUUGUACAGUUACAUUUUAUGCGAAAAUAUAAACAUAAAAAUUAACAUCAAUUUUACAAAACCUUAAGAU